CUCUCCGACUUUGAAGUGUUCUUCAAAUAUGGCACCGGCACCAGGCAUGUUUGGCCCUGCUGCCGUAAAAGUCAUGAGGCACGCUCUCAAGAAGACGUCGAACUUUAUAAGGAUUCGCCUUGCAAACAUCGGAAGACCUCUCGAUAGCCAACUUCAACCAGUUCUUGUUCGAUCUGCUCCGCGGCACCAAAUUCACCCAAACGCAGCUCUUCGUCAGUCCAAAGGAAGAUGGUACACAACUCACAGCACCAUUAACGCCACUGUUCGUCGGUUUAUGAGCACUGGGCCAACCCAGGGUACAAGAUUUAAUCGAGCAGCUUUACCAAAAUCUGUUACUGCUACUGCGGUCUCGCGCUUGACCAUCCGAACACCAUUCUCCUCGACCCUUCGACCGAAUCUUACAGGUGGUACGUUACCAAGAACCUCUGGAGGCUACAGUCUCGGAGGCAGUCGUCCUGGCGGGGCGCGCUAUUUCUCUCAUACCCCGGCUGCACCAGUACAAGUAGUGAAUAAUGUGUCCGCUGCUGUGCGAGCAUUUUGGCUGUCUGGUCAGAAGGCUCAGUUCGACGGUAUGACUCCAGCUGGAGAGAAGAGAUAUCGUGGAGUCAGCAACCUUCAGGAGCAGGCUACACGAAAUAUGCAAUCGGUCCCAAGAACAACACCCGGCUCAUUCAUCGACUUUCACGUCAAUCCAACAGUUACUGCUCUUUCUCCUCUUGGUGCUGCUUUCGGCUCUAACAUGGAUGCCUCAGCAACGAACCUGAAUACUGAGGGAUUAUUGGAUGUUCUCUCUGUUGACUUCGCACGAGCCUUAAAGGAUCUUGCGGCUACUAUGAAUGAUCUGAAGCGCUUAUCGGCUCUCGGCGAUCUACCAAUAACCCUGGAGCAGAAAUCUAUUCUUCGUGUUCGUUUUCCAGGAUGCGAUGCCGAGACUGUUGAUAGGUUAUGCGAUGAAGUUGGCGUCCAACGUGGUGUUAUCAUGCAGGAUGAGGACUUUGAGUCCAGCGCGGGAGCUCACAUGGCUCUACUAUUCCCCUUCGCGCCAUCUUCUGAACAUAUUCUUUCAUCACCUGGCGGCUCGUUACGAUCCGAAACAGGCCACGACCUCGAGUAUGAUUAUGAAGAGCUCGAGGAAGACAUUAUACACAAUUCAUGGAUCGAAGGUUACGAGAGUCUCGAAAACGAUAGUGACGGAGAAUCAGCAUAUUUCACCAAAACCAGUGGACAGCCUAACUCCUCGGACUACGAAGGCUUGGAAGGCAUCUAUCGAUUUUUGGAGCACUGCGAUAAUUCGCGACGAAUAUGAUCUACAAAUAUCCUCCUUCCUUUGUUUGGACUGUGUUAGUUUACAGCGAAUUGGGCUUCUCGGAUGAGGUAGGGUAAGAUAUGGUUGGGAAUCAGUUUGACUACGGGUCGUCUUUAUGCCCGAGCAUGAGGCAUAGGGAAUACAUUCGUUCCGCUAUCCAAUAUCUAGUGAUUAUUUAGUAUGUUGAGGCACUCAUAAACUC